AUGGUAAUCCAGUAUAAUGGUGAUCCCGAUGGGGUCGCAGCAUGCAGUGGAGGCACAGUAGAAGGGUCUGAAAAUAAACCCCCGAAUAAGAUAGACCCGGAGCGAUGCGGUUCACCCGAUAAAGACAUGGCGCGCUGCGACAACACCGCCGACAGUCCGUUGGAUUCAAUUAUCUCCCUUAUAGAGUUGGCCGAGGAGAAAUCCGAGACCGUCCUGGAGAGCAUCAGAGACAACGCUACCUCGACCUGGAAUGAUGAGGAGUAUUCACCGCUUGAGAGGGAACGAGGAGAUAAAGAGGCAAAACUUAGGGCGAGAUUGACAACUCUGGAGGGCGAGUUAGCUGCUAAGACUUCACUUAUACGAGAAUUGCGGGUUAAGUUCGAGGACCAGGAACGGGAGUGGAUGACCAAAGUUGGCGAAAUAGAGCGUCAGAGCAACACGAAGAUUCAAAAUGUGUGA